AUGCCGUCGCAGAAGACUUUAUCAAGCUCCAGUUUUUCUGGUAGAACGAGCUCUAACGUGACCAACCACGGCACCAACAAUGAGGCAAGGCCCCGGACCGCUCGGAAUACCCGCCACCGCGCUGACCGUGUUGUUCAGGGAAACCACUGGUGCACGCGUGAAGCUAGCAUCAACGACGUGAACUCGAACCCUUACCAUUACUCCAACAAGGAUGGUUCAUACUAUUACAGCAACUCCAAUGUAGACCAGGGCUCGAAAUACUUCAACGACGGUAAGGGAGGCGCAUGGUAUAUCCCUCCUCCCAAAUAA